UCUUUGCAAAGCUGGCGCCGGCGGAGCAAUGGAAGCGAAGGCGUUUCUGCGGGCAUCGUGCCUUUGCCGUCUGCGGACAGCGACGGCGAGAGGCACACCCGGCGGGCUCUGGUUCCGCCGCCGCUUCAGCCCUUCGGCGCCCGGGGCUGUGGGGUCUCGUCCCGUCACGGGUCCCGGAGCCCUCAGCCCUUUCGACCGGCAGAUGAAGAGGAAGCAAAAGAAUUGGGCAGCCGGGCAGCCUCACGCGGAGCGCUGCGAGUACCUGCGGGAAGAGGUUGGUGGUAGGAUGGCCGAUCGUGUGUUUGACAUAGCCAAGACAUUUCCCCUUGCUUUGGACCUUGGGUGUGGGCGAAGCUACAUUGCUCAGCAUUUAAACAAGGAUGUUGUUGAAAGGCUUUUUCAAUCGGAUGUCGCUGAAAAUGCUCUGAAGAACACAAUAGAGUCAGAAAUACCAAGAGUCAAUAUCAUAGCGGAUGAAGAAUUUCUUCCUUUCAAAGAAAACACAUUUAAUCUUGUUGUCAGCAGUCUGAGUUUGCAUUGGGUCAAUGAUCUUCCCAAAGCCUUGUAUGAAGUACACCGAGUCCUUAAACCUGAUGGAGUAUUUAUUGGUUCUAUGUUUGGGGGAGACACACUCUUUGAGCUUCGCUGCUCUUUGCAACUAGCAGAACUAGAAAGAGAAGGUGGAUUUUCCCCACAUGUAUCCCCUUUUACAGCUGUGAGUGAUCUAGGACAUCUACUGGGAAGAGCUGGCUUCAACACACUGACAGUGGAUUCAGAUGAAAUCCAAGUUAACUAUCCAGGAAUGUUUGAAGUUAUGGCUGAUCUACAAGGUAUGGGAGAAAGUAAUUGCUGUUGGAACAGGAAAACUAUGACUAGAGCGACUAUGUUGGCAGCUGCAACAAUAUAUAAAGGAAAUAAGGAUGGGACAAUACCAGCAACGUUUCAAUAUUAUAUGAUAGGAUGGAAAUUCCACAAAUCACAGGCACAACCAGCACCGAGAGGUUCUGCAACAGCAUCAUUUGGAGAUCUGAGAAAAAUAAAUGAACUUAUUUCAGGCAAAAAAAACCUUUGACAUGAUAUAUAGUAAUACAAAUUGUACAUAGCCUGUUGGAUUUUAACAGUUACCUUUAACUUUGACAAACAAACAUAUUUCCCCCAAACCUACUUUGGUGCCUAGAAAAAAAAGGGUGGGGGACUAUAUGCUGUUACCCUGUCAAUGGCUAUAUUUUACUAUUACCAUUUGCAUAUUUUAUAUGCAAAUGAUAUUAGUAAAAUUGCCCAAUUUUAUCUGGAUGCAUAUUUUAUCUGUACACAUAUUACCUGCCUAUGAGAAAUAUGAGAGGUUCCUCUAUCAAUCAAAGAUUAAAUGAAUGAUGGAGACUUGGAUAGUUGUUCCUGGAAGGUCUAAUUCUGACUGGUUGCAAUUCUUGUACCUUCUGUGAGAUAAUGUACCUUCUGUUAUCUAGUGGGCUCUUCCACUAUGACAAGCCACAUCCUUAUAGGGCUUAGAUUGUUGGCCAGGAUCCCAAGGCCCACCAGUGAAGAGUUGAGAUGAAAUGUAAUGUAGUUGUAUACAGUAGGGAUAUGUAAGAAUAAAGGAAUAUUCGGCUUCUAUUUGUAUGGUUAUCCAUAGGUAACUAUACAAGCCACAAUGACAUCACAUGCAUUAUGGUAUGGUUAGAGAAAUGUAUCAUUGCACAAUUACAUCUGUUAACUUGAGCUACUUGUGGAUAUGAUGCACACAGAAGCAUUUACCCAUCUUGCCACCCUGUGACAUUCAUAUUCCAGCCAAAAUAAUAAAGAUCCAAUGUUUUCUUGGUUGCAA